GUUCUCAUAGGAAAGCCCUAUGAAGGAGAUUACAAGUAUUACUCCCAUUUUACAGAGGGGCCACUGAGGCUACUCAACCAGAAUCGGGAAUCUUAAUCUACGAGAUCCCAAUGCCAACAACGCGACCACGCUGCUUACAAAAAAACCACACUGAAGGCUCCUUGUCCAGUCCUCCUGGCCGCUGACCCCAGUGCCUCCUGGUGUGAACGGCCAAAGCCGAAGACACCUCCUCAGUGCGGAUCAAGGAGGAAUGCAGCUUCCGAGGUCGGCUGGCCCUCCCGGCCUUCCCCUCUGCUCUGCUUAGGCGGACGCUCCUCCUCUUCGGGCUGUCUGUAUCGUGAAAGCUGAUGGCGAUGGGGGCGGUUCUAAAGCGCAAGGCUGGCGGCGGCUGCGAUCUCCCCGCCCACGUCCCAGUACUACCCGUCCCGGGGAACAAAACAAAAAGGAAGUGAGAUCGCCGGGUUAGGGGAGUCCUUUGCCGCCCGGUAGAGAAGAGCGCCGUCUUUUCUUCCCCCGUCCCCGCUGGAAUCCUGCCACACUUUCUUUGCUGCGCAUCAGGUUGGGGGGCAGUGGCCGAAAAUCCCGAGGGGAACUUAGACGGACGUUUUCGGGGGGCAGCAUCAGCUGGGCAUCGCUUUGUGCAUUCGCUGGCUAUGGCUAGGCUCUGCUUGCUUUUAUUCGUGGGCCGCCUAUUGGCGCCGGGCAGCGCCUUCAAUCUGGAUGUGGAGAGCCCUACUGUUUACUCCGGUUCAGAGGGGAGUUACUUCGGUUUCGCUGUGGAUUUCUUCGCUCCGGAUGCUUCCUCGAUGUUUCUCCUUGUGGGUGCUCCUAAGGCAAACACAACACAACCUGGCAUUGUACAAGGAGGCCAGGUUCUCAAGUGUAAUUGGAAUUCCAGAAGAAACUGCCAGCCCAUCAUAUUUGACUCUACAGGCAACAGAGAUUUUUUGCCCAAUGAUCCAUUGGAAUUCAAAUCACAUCAAUGGUUUGGAGCAUCUGUGAAAUCCAAAAAUGACAAAAUUCUGGCGUGUGCACCAUUGUAUCACUGGAGAACUGAACAGAAAGCAGAGAGAGAACCUGUGGGAACUUGUUAUCUUCAUGACGGGUCUAAAGUUGUUGAAUAUGCUCCCUGCAGGUCAACAAACAUUGAUGCCGAAGGACAGGGCUUUUGUCAAGGUGGAUUCAGCAUUGACUUUACUCAGGGAGACAGAGUACUUCUUGGAGGACCUGGAAGUUUUUAUUGGCAAGGUCAACUCAUUUCUGAUCAAGUGGCUGAGAUUGUGUCCAAAUACAAACCCACGGUCUACACCACCAAGUAUGACAACCAGUUAACAACGCGGCCAGCAAGUCCUGCUUUCGACGACAGCUACUUGGGUUACUCAGUAGCUGUGGGGGAUUUCAAUGGUGAUGGCACAGAAGAUUUUGUCUCUGGAGUCCCAAGAGCAGCAAGAACUUUGGGCAUGGUGUCAAUUUACAAUGGAAAAACGAUGGCAUCCAUGUAUAACUUUACCGGAGAACAGAUGGCUGCAUAUUUUGGAUAUUCUGUAGCUGCCACAGAUAUCAAUGGAGAUUAUUAUAUGGAUUUGCUUAUAGGAGCCCCACUCUUUAUGGAUCGUGGCUCUGAUGGCAAACUUCUAGAAGUGGGCCAGGUGUCUGUUUAUUUUCAACAAGCCUCUGGAGGCUUUCAGGGUCAGAGCAUGAAGCUGAAUGGCUUUGAGGUCUUUGCAAGAUUCAGCAGUUCUAUUGCACCUUUGGGAGAUCUUGACCAGGAUGGCUUCAAUGACAUUGCAGUUGCUGCUCCUUAUGGUGGAGAAGAUAAGAAAGGGCUUGUUUACAUCUACAAUGGAAGAGCCACAGGCUUGAAUGGAGUGCCAUCUCAGGUCCUUGAAGGACAGUGGGCCUCUGAGACAAUGCCACCAAGCUUUGGAUACUCACUGAAAGGAGCUACAGAUGUGGACAAAAAUGGCUACCCAGACUUGAUCGUAGGAGCUUUUGGCGUUGACAGAGUUGUCUUGUACAGGGCACGGCCUGUUAUUACUGUACACGCUGAACUAGAAGUUACCCCAACCAUUUUAAAUCCAGAGAACAAAACUUGUAAACUGAAUGAAAACAGCCAGAAAGUUUCGUGCUUUGAAGUAAAAUUCUGCUUAAAAGCUGAUGGCAAAGGAAGUCUCCCCAGGGACCUCAUUUUCCAUGUGGAGCUGCUGUUGGACAAACUGAAACAAAAAGGCGCCAUAAGGAGAGCCCUGUUUCUCCACAACAGACAACCUGUUCACUCUAAGAACAUGACUGUCUCAAAAGGGGGCCGAGUGAGUUGUGAAGAACUUCAAGCUUUCUUAAGGGAUGAAUCUGAAUUUAGAGACAAGCUUACUCCAAUCACCAUAUUCAUGGAAUAUCAGCUGGAUUAUAAAACAGCAUCAGAUUCUACUGGUUUACAGCCCAUUCUCAAUCAGUUUACUCCUGCAAACAUUAGCAGACAGGCUCAUAUUCUUCUGGACUGUGGUGAAGACAACGUCUGCAGUCCCGAUUUGCGAGUGACAGUUGCCAGCAAUCAGAAGCAGAUCUAUAUUGGGGAUGACAAUCCUUUAACCCUGAUCGUCAAUGCCCAGAAUGUGGGAGAGGGAGCCUACGAAGCUGAACUCUUUGUGACUCUUCCACCUCAAGCAGACUUCAUUGGCAUUGUCCGUAACAAUGAGGCUUUAGCAAGGCUCUCGUGUGCAUUCAAAACUGAAAAUCAAACUCGGCUGGUUGUCUGUGACCUUGGAAAUCCUAUGAAAGGGGGAACAAAACUUUCAGCUGGUCUUCAUUUCAGCGUUCAUCAAGAGUCUGAGAUGGACACCUUUGUGAAGUUUGAUCUACAGAUACGUAGCUCUAACCUGUUUAACAAUCUAAGCCCAAUGGCAUCUUAUCAAGUGGACUUAGCCAUCCUAGCAGCUGUUGAAAUCAGAGGGGUCUCUUCUCCUGAUCACAUCUUUCUCCCAAUACCUAACUGGGAACCCAAGGAAAAUCCUGAAACAGAAGAUGACAUAGGGCCUCUAGUGCAACACAUCUAUGAGCUCAGAAACAAUGGCCCAAGUGCCUUCAGCAAGGUGAUGCUUAAUCUUCAGUGGCCUUAUAAAUAUAACAAUAACACACUGUUGUAUAUUGUCAAAUAUGAAAUUGAAGGUCCUAUGAACUGCACUUCUGAUAUGGAGAUUAACCCACUAAAAAUUAAGAUGGCGACUCCUCAGCAAGAUGAAAAGAAUGAAACAAUUACAGAAGAUAACCGUGAUCACCAUAUCAACCGGAGGGACCUAACUCUUGCUGGAGGAGAUGUACAAACUUUGGGCUGUGGAACUGCAGAAUGUUUAAAGAUAUUCUGUCAAGUCGGUCGCCUGGAGAGGGGGAAAAGUGCAAUUCUGUAUUUAAAAUCUCGACUUUGGACUCAGACCUUCAUGAAUAAAGAAAACCAAAACCAUUCAUAUUCUCUCAAAUCCUCGGCUUCCUUCAGCGUUAUAGAGUUCCCUUACAAGAACCUUUCCUUUCCUGAAGACGUCCACAAUUCUACAAUAGUGACUACAAAUAUCCUGUGGGGUAUUCAACCAGCACCUAUGCAAGUUCAAGUAUGGGUCAUUAUAGCAGCUGUCCUAGCAGGAUUAUUACUUUUGGGUUUUCUAGUCUUUGUCAUGCACAGGAUGGGUUUCUUCAAACGCGUGCGGCCACCUCAGGAAGAACAAGAAAGGGAACAGCUGCAGCCUCAUGAAAACGGGGAAGGGACAUCAGAUGCUUAAGCAGUGUUUUAGCUGUGUCACUUACCCAAAGGUUUAGAAUUGCCAGAAUCUUCCUUUAAAGAUGUAUAUUUCUCUCUUGAGAGACAGACAAUCCAGAACCUCACUGCUAAUGUAUUUUGGCAUUGGGAAUUGUCUUAAGGUAACUACAGAAUGAGAGCAAUACAUUUUAGCUUCCCUCAUAUUAACCAUGUUCACAUAUGUGACUGAUACAUGUGCACUGAUGAGCAUAUUUAAGUCCCACAAUUCACUAAUCACAGCUCCAAAAGACAAACAUUUUUUAUUUUUAUUUGGUACAACCUGAUCUGCUACAGAGAUAGCAUUUAAAGUCUGUAAACCUACAGCUACUGCAUUUGUUUAAUGAACUACAUGGACACUAACUGAGGACCUCCCAUUGAAUUUUUCCAGCUGGACUUUCCUAAGGUACUCACCCGUUAUUUGAAGUACUGUACGGUACUCACUUUCCACUACAUUUUAUUUUCAAACUAGAAAGCUCUAACUCUAAGAAACAUACAAUGGAUUACUGCACAGGUCUACUUCAGUUGUCUCUUUGCUGAUGAUUCCACAAUAGAAGAGGACUAGUGUAUCUCAGUAGUAUGUGAUCAGUUCCGGGAGUUACUUUCUACUUCUUUGUGUGCCAAGUCUUUAACAUGGAAGAUGCACUUUAGUUUCCUGAUUUUGAAAGGAGAUCAUUACACUCUUUUCUAGAUAAUAAUAUCCCCAUUUUCUGGGGCAAUGGGGGAUUGGUAUAUUAAUGGGAUAAUUUUCUGAUAACUUUCUAGAUUCCGUAGGGCAUUUUCCAUAGGUCAGUAUGUAGGAAGAAGUGUUUUCUGCAUUUUAAAAAUGUAAAUUCUAUCUGAGGAGAUCCAAAUUCUGUGUUCAGAGUAAAUUAUACAAAUUAAAUAUAGUGGCCCACAUUUUCUGCAACACUAUAGGUGUGGAAGAAGGGCUCUGCCCUCACAGAACAGCUGGAGAAUAGUUAUGUUGAAGUUUUGUUUUGCAGCCCAGUGUGGGCAGAGGGGGAGGGGGAAAGCUAUUUUAACUUCUCUUCUCAAACCCCAUUUUUUGCUUUCAAGAUUAUGUCCCUGAGGGCUAUACGACCCUCAGGGGUAUAUUCUCUGCAGAAGAAAGGGCUCCUUGAGGGAGGGGAAAGAAACAAAACUUGCUUCUCCCUCUCCCACCCCCACCUGCUGUGGAGCAAGGCUUCAGUGCAGCUAGGCUCUGUCACUCUGUGGGGCAGAGCCCUUUUUCUGCUUUUGUAGUGCUGUGGAAGAUGUGGACCACUGUUUACUUUGUAUAAUUAAAUUCUGCUUUCAAAAGCCAGGUUUUCAAAUAAAACACAAUUAAAAAAUAGAUUGUCAGGGGACAAGCAAAAGGAGGACGUUAGAGAACAUGGUCUAUAGGAUUAGAGAAUUGUUACUAUGGAAAAUGUUAGAAAGCUGUACAGAGCAAUAAUACCCUACCAAGUACCCACUUAACAGCUCAAAGGCCAACCAGAUCCAACUUAUGAGCCUUCCCACAAUGUUCACAGCUUUUCUCCACAACCAUGAGGGUAGAAAACUUUCUUCUUCUUCUAGGAAGGAAGGAAGGAAGGAAGGAAUGUGAGUUAUCUGGCAGGGACAAAUCCAGUAUAAGACAACCAGAUUUUGCAUUCAAAGAACAAAAUGUGCAGCAUCCCAUUUGUAGACUUUGUGGGAAAAGUGAGUAGACUGUGGUGGUCAUAUGGCCUCAUCCUCUAACAGAGCCCUGCUCUGUUCUGUCAUGACUACACACUGGCUCUGCUCCUAGAUUUCCCAACAGGUCCUCACUAGUGAGAUCAUAAUGUAGAGCCCAACUAUGCAUUACAAAGAAUAUGUUAUUAAGAGGUAUGCUUAAGACCAGAAAUGCCUCUUAUUUAAGAAAAAACAAUUCAGUUUGUGUGUGGAGUGGAGAGGAAUCCAGAUGGCUAACUGAGGGAGACACUCAUCACUAUUUUCCUGCCAGAAACAUACCCCCUUGCAGCCGCAAAGGUGCUAGUUGCUUCUAAAGUUCUAUUUGCUGCAAAUAGCUGUUUUUUUUGGGGGGGGGGGAAUGGGAGAAUGGUGCAAGUGGAGAAUUGCACUUGCUGGGAGAAUGGUGCAAGUGGAAAGCGUUAACCUCCCCUCCUGACAUGCUACAGUCCCAACCUAGUACCCACGGCUGCUUUUUGUUAAUUAACACACAUACAAAAAGAAAAAGUGGGGGAUGGGGUGGGGUUUCUGGUCUUAAGCAUGCUUGUUAAUAAUGCAUUCCUCAUAACAUAAAGUUUGCUCCAUAGAGUUUAGGCAAAAUACUGAUGGUUCUUCACAAAGUUUUAAAAUCUUCAAUAGCUGAAUGCAGUGGAGAUAUUGGAGUGAUGGAGGAAAAGGGCUCCCCCUACCAGCACCUCAAUACUUGCUGGAUGCAUAUAGAUGUGAAGCUCAUUUGACUGCUACCAACAAAGAGUGUUAAAGAUUGAUUUAUAAUCAUUACACUGACUGGGAGUAUUGCCACUGACCAGAGGGAUAUACAUUGUAGUCUUGAGGCUUCUUAGAUCAUUGCCAGAAUUUACUGUAUGUAAGGAAGCCUGUGGUCACCUAAUGGCGCAGAGGGGAAGUAACCUGCCUAGAGAGCAGGAGGCUGUUGGUUCAAAUCCCCACUGGUGUGUUUCCCAAACUAUGGGAAACUCCUAUAUCAAGCAGCAGUGAUAUAGGAAGAUGCUGAAAGGCAUCAUCUUAUACUGCAUGGGAGAAGGCAAUGGUAAACCCCUCCUGUAUUCUACCAAGCAAACCACAUGGCUCUGUGGUCGCCAGGAGUUGACACCGACUCGAUGGCACAACCGUUCCUUUCCUUUAUUGAAGCCUGCACCUGAGUAGAGAUAGUUUACCAGGAAUUUGAGCGCUUUCAUGAAACGUUUGUCUGUGGAAAGAGGACAUGAGGCCAGGCCCAUAAGGGUGAAUUUUAAUGCUUGGUGUUAGGCACUUGAUCUUUUCAUCCAGUUGUAAUACUGCUAUAAAAUUGUAAGGAUAUGCAUUUCUAUAGAACUAGAACAAUGAUUAAGGGAACGAUAAAAACAGUUGAGCGCCAAGUAAAUGAGGAUAUGGUUUUGGCAUUGUUAAAAUUCACAAGGCCUUCUUAUAAAGGUUGUGUGAUUUUGAAUCAUUGAAUCAUUUAACCUGCUUUCUUAAUAUUCUUAAGAGGAAAGCACAAGGAAGCUGAGCUGCUGUGCUUAUCUUCUGCCUGGUUCACACACGUAAAUACGUCACUUGAUUUUUCUGCUAUUAAUUACUAGAUAUACCAGCAGCUGAAUAUGUGAAUUAACACCAGUGAAAAGCAUUGGGUUUGAUAUGGAGGUUCUGUUUGUGGUAUCAGUUCUGUGAUAUUUGCAAGUCAUCUUGAUAUUGAUUCGCUGAUGAACGUGCGUGUAUGAAACAGCCAUAAAGCAAUAAGGAGAACUGUUCACUUCUGUGAGGUUCAACCUUUCCUAUAAAAAGCGUACUGAUGAUAUUAUCAUACUAAUCUUCAUUACGGAUAUUUAUAUAUUGCUUUUCAACAACAACAAUAACAACAACACAGUUCUCAAGAUAAUUUAUGUAGCAAAAGGAAUGAGAAGAUAGUUUCCUGUCCCAAAAGGGGUUCACAGGUUAAAAUUAAACACAAGGGAGACUCCACAUCAGCCACUGGGAGGAAUGUUGCGCUAGCUGAAUUGGGACAUUUGUUAUUCCUCUGUUUUAUUGUAAAUUUUCUAUAAAAUAAUUGUAAGCCCCUCUGCAUUUUGAAGAAUAGCUGGAUACAAAUUCAUUAAACGAAUUAGUGAAUACGAGAGCCACCACAUAUUGGUGGCUCUUUGUCCAAAUAGUAGCCUGUUUGGUAGUAGCUUAUACUUCAACUGCAGAAUGCAGUGGAGCCCACUAUUUGAGUUCCUUGGUUGUCUGAUACUUUUGGUAGGUCACAUUCACACUGUAUCCUUCCAUAUAGGCCAAUGACACUGUAACUUUAUGUAAAUAGUAUGUAAAUAAUUUUGAGAAGUAAAAAAGGUAGGUACCAUUGAAAAUAUUGUCUUUUAUACUUAUUUUUAAUAAAGAAUAUAUAUAUUGUACACCAUAUAAGCCAGCCUACCAACAGAUACAAAGAACACCAUUCCUCCAAAAACAAAACAAAACCCAUCCCUAAAUUUCUUACUUGGAAGGAAAGUACAAGCAAAUAGGAUCAGGAUGGAAGUAUUCUUUUGCCUCAUAACUCCUUCAGUCUGUAUCUGAAUAAAGGCGUCAGUGAAGUUACCAUUUUAAGAAUGAGUUAUCAGUCAAAUCAGAAGUUAUUAAAUGUGCACAGCAUUAUGUAGUCUAUUUCAAAAAGAAUAUGUGUAUACAUUUUCAGAAUGGUUUAUCUAAUAGCCCUAUUGUAUUAGUCACAAUUAGGUGUUUUUCUAGAGAUGUAAAUUUAUUUUUACAGUUACAUUCUUGUACUCAAUGGAUAGUUGCCCAUCUACAAGAUAAUUCUCCAGUCAUUCAACCAGUGCAAAUGCUGUUUCUUUAAGUCUAUUUUCUGGGAGAUGUUAAAGCAGUAGGAUAAAUAAGUACUAUAUAGUAUUGUCUGGCAGGUGCCCCUGCCGGCCUUACCAGCUCUGACAUUCAUUCAUUCAGCAGCCAAGGUCAGAGGCAGGGCCACGAGAUGAGCAGCCAGCCAGAGAUGAGCAGCUAGCCAUGAUGCUGUGAGAUCAAGGAGCUGGGCUAAAGGGGCCAGGGGAAGAGCUGGGGUGAGGGAGGGAGGAGGCAGCAGCAGCAGACCAAGGCACAGCUGAGAGGGAUAAGGGUGAGAGCAGCCUGACAUGGCAGGGCAGAGGUCCAAUUAGCGGGGGCGUGGGAUGCAUCAGUUGUCAGGAGGGAUUUAAGGCAGGCUUGGCUAGUGAUGAGAGUUUUGGAGAGUGAGCAGUGGAGGUCUCCGGAGAGAGACCACCACAGCAACCCCAAGGAGCCUGGAGGAGGACGGCUCGGGUGAACCAAACCUCCUCCCCUAAAAAAAACUGAGGCACUGCCUGGGGGAGGCAAGAGGGAGAGGUAAAACAGCUGCGGAGAGACCAGUGGCAAGACCAGUAUGAAUAAGUAUAUCAGCAUUAUAAUAAUGUAGUAAUACAUAAUACCUUCCAUAAAUUUUAUAGAAUGAAUAUGAGAAAUAGUUCACAUUCCACAUCUAUUCAGUUUCCAUAAAAGUCAGAUACUGAGAUGUGAAACUAUUUGCCACUUCUUCAGUGACAUAUAUGAGCAUGUCACUACAUGAAGAGAUGCCUCCAUUCAAUAUGAAUGUUUUCUUAUGGAAUUAGGCCAAAAUUGAGAGAGCUAUUCUAGGUGUGCCAAGAGGAGCAUUUGACAGUUUCCUGGGAACAGGAGGCCCUCAAACCAUACCAAGAGAUGCAUUUGACACUCUUCCAAUUCUGCAGUGGGAGUGAUCAUGGCCUUGAGUUGAUUCCCCACCACCACCUUCUUUAAAAGAUCUAAGGAGGUUUUAAGCUCUUGGUAGUUUGGAAAUAUUUAUGCAAGUUUAUCUAUCUAUCUUUCUAUCUUCCUGCUUUACAAAAUAGUUUUCAUAUGAAGGUUAAAUAGAAGAGAAACACUUCAGCAUUUGUGCUAAAUCUCUGUGACCAUUGACAUGAAGUCUCACUGAUUUCUAAGACUAGUCCUUACAGCUGUAAUCCAUAGGGGCUGGAGUUUUCCAGUUUUCAUUUGCCCUGGAAAUAAUGCAAUUUAGGAAGCCCAACAAAAGUUAUAUCAGAGUCAUAAAUGCUGCUGCACUGUGACUUCACUGCAGGGUUUUGAACAUUUGAAGCUGCCUUAUAGUGUCAGACCAUGUAUCUAGCCCUGUUUCACUGGCAGUGGCUCCCUAAGGUCUCAGGCUGAGGUCUUUCCCAUCUCUGGAGAUACUUUUAACUGGAGAUGCCAGGGACUGACAUUGGGACCUUAGGCAUGCAAAACAUGUGCUCUGUCAUUGAUCUGUGAUGGCCUCUCUCUGUUAAGAUGGUGUGUAAAAGAGAUUUUGCCAUUCGGGAAUGCAUGAUGUUGUAAAAUCAAUAUAGCUGUCGCUAGUGAGAGACUCACAGAUGCUCCAAGGAACUGGGUAUGGGUAGUAGAUUUUCAGAAACAUGGCAGUAUGAUAGAUUCAUUGUUGCUGCAGAACUUUUUUUGUUGGUGGUGGUAGUCCUCCUGUCAUCUUUGGCUAAACAAGUUUAACUGGUUUUUGAAGCACUAUAAAAGCCUAAAAAUCUGUAUGACAAGAGACCAUAGCAGAAAUGUUUUCUGUAGGUAUCUGUGGCUCUAUCAGUCCACUUUCAAAUCACUGAGGAGCUACUGUCUGUACAGUUAGAUCAUACCAAGGCAAAUGUGUGAGCUUUCCACAAAAGUGCCCUAGCUAAUCCAUAAGACAUUAACAUGCAAACUGCAGAUAUGAGUGUUGUCUGUCUGUUGAUAAUUAGUUUUUAUUUUAAUGUAAGUGCACCAUUGCUUCAUUUUCAUAGAAUAGUCUGAGAGGUACUGAGUUAAUUCAAUUCCCAUUGACCCCAACAGAAUUUAAUAUUAUUGGAACUGAAUCAACGGAUAGGAAAAGGUCAACUUCCUGAGGUUUUAUGAAAAGUGCAGUACAUCUUUUAUAGGCAAUUCUAACUAAUUACUUGUGAAAUUACCAUUAACACUCUCAAGCCUAACUAAGGAACAGUGAGUUCCUAUCAUUCUGCUGGGGCACUUUCUCCCAGAGAGGCAGCAAUUCUGCAUAGCCUCCAGUCACUUAAAGUUGAAUCAGAUAUGCAGUUGAAUUGUAUAAUUUCACAGGGUAUCCAUUUUAAAAGCAUUUUUUGGUGAGGUGAGAUGAAAACCUGUCUGUCAUGUAUUAUCUAUGGCAGGCAUUUCAAAGGCAAUACCAAGUCAUUGCUUAAUAUUGAUGUUGCAUGUAUGAACUUGCUGUAGAAUGUGUAUAUGUGGAUACAUCUGAGGGGCAUAUGUGAACUCUGGAUGUAUGAACUGCCUCAGUUGAAAAUUACUGGGUAGAAGUGUUAAGAAAGCUCUGUUCUGUCUGUGUGUGGUGUCUGCUUUGGUAAUGUAACUCACCACUGAUGCUGAACAUGCAUGUUUGAAGUCACACUAUGAAGGGUUGUGAGGGCAUAAAGAGUUCUAGGGUCCCAGAGGAAAUCAUACACUUCAGUGCUCCUCAUGGAGUCCUAGAUAACUUUAUGCUGCUGGAAGCACUUUUGACUGUCAAUCUAUCUUGCCCACAUAGCCUUUCUCCUAUUCCUCCCUGCCACAGAAUACUUUUGAGUGGGGAAACAUUUACCAGUGCUAGAGUUUUAACUUUCUAAUUCAAUGCUGGUGUGACAUGAUGCCAAAGCCAAGCCCAGGAAAAGCAUGAAAUGCGGUACAGCCUACUGAGUUUGGCCUGACACUGAUGUAGAAUUUAUUAUCUCCUGGAGGCCAAUACCUCUAAGGAUAGUGAGCAAAAAUACUAAACUGAUUUUCUGUGCAAUAGCUGUUGAAAGUGUUAAGAUCACCCAUAUUGGGUGAGACACAAUGUAUGUUAAAAGUUUAACUGAUUUAUAUUGCAGUGCUACUUUUGUGUCAAAAUGUAUUCCCAUAAUGUAUUUUUGUAAAAAAUUAGGUUCCAUGUCAUUCAGCUUAAAUUAAGGCCAUCAUUAAAAGCAAUAGAACAAGCCUUUUCUAACCUGCAGUGGUCAAAGAUCUGUUCAACUAGUGCACUGUGGGUUUUUUUACUUGUAUGUUUCAAUCAGCAAACUUUCCUCCCACCCCAUAAUGCUGCAUGGCUAAAAACUUUUCAAAUUUAACGAUUAACGAGAAAUAGAGCUGUUACCUCUCUUCCUCUUAACAUCUCAAUAAACACAACAGAUUUCAGGACGUUAUCAUGCUAUGAGGUGUAGGAUCACUGUGAGCAAAAGCCAGUGAUAUGAGUAAUAGACGGGACAACACAUAAAGAUUGUGCCCAUGACUCGUUUACAUGGGUGUCAGGAGGGCAUGCGGGGAGGCAGGCUCCUCCCUGCAGAUUCCUCGAAACUCCACUGCUCAUGCACCCAUACGAGCAUCAGGCGGUGAGCAGCAGAGCGCCUGCAGGAGGGAGAAAGUUUGCACUGGGGACUUCCAGAAUGCAGUGCUCGAGCAGCAGAGUGGCUGCACUCAGUAUUGCAGCUGCUCCACUCCACUUUGCAUGGUCUCUCCUUCCCCCUGGUUCACUGCCUAAUACAGCAGCAGUCUGAUCGGGAGCCCAUCUACCUGGGCAUUCGUUCACACAAUCGCCUACCAAGGCCGAACGAAUGGUAGAUUUGUUCUACCUUGGUAAAGACCUGGAUAGAGGACCUGGGCUACCCAGCUCUGGAGCAGUGUUCCAGACGACACAAGAUGUUAUUCAUGUUGAGUGAAUAACGUCAUAGUGUGAUAAAGUCAUGUAGUGCAUUGUGUUUACCAAGACAUCAUGAUGAAAAGAAGGAAAGAGACACCAGACAGCACUCAGACUAAGGUAUAACUAUCCCAUUUAGAUGAAUGAGACUUAUGACUGACUAGUCUCAUUUAUUUCAGUGGUGCUUAGUCAUGACUAUGACUAACUAGUCUGGAUGCUGUCCUUAGAGUCCUCUUAGAAAGGAACAAUAUAUUUAAACAUCAAGCUUAAACAUUGGCUUUUAUUUUGCAUAAACAGAACAGUAUAAUGGUAAUGCUCUGGAUUAAAAAAAUCACAUAGGGAAAGCAGUGACCCAAAUCCACCAGCACUUAAACUUACCAUUUAAAUUGUGUGAAUAGUCUUUUAAUUGAUGAUAGCAAAUAACAUAAACCUAUGUUGUAGCACACACAGCAGUGGUCAAGAUAGCCUACUGAAAUAGAUGAGCUUCAUCAAUUGUCUUUUUAAAUUGGUCAUUCCUUUAAUCUCACAAAUCCAUCAAUGUUAAAACUUCUAUGCUGGGCAAGAAAGUCAAAUAUAUUUUUUAACUGUUCAUGUAAAUCAAUUAAGCAAUCUUUAUUGUAAAUAGUAGAAUAACUAAUAUUUAAAGUUGUGAAUAAAAUACCUUUCACACACA